AUGGCGCUGUCAAGCAAAAGCGGCGUCCUGCACGUUAGCUUCAACCAGGACUGCUCCUGUGUGGCACUUGGUAGUCAGCAAGGCGUGCAUAUCUACAACGUUGAUACGCACAAGCUGUGCUACCGUUACGCAAUUGGUGCUGUCAGUAUCGUGGAGAUGCUCUUCUGCACCAGCCUCGUGGGCUUUGUGGGGGCCGGUGAGCAACCCGCCCUGACACCCCGCAAGCUGACAGUCAUGAACACGAGUGCAAGUCGGGUCAUCCAGGAGCUGUCGUACCCGAUAUCCGUACUAGCAGUACGGAUGAACCGGCAGAGGCUGGUGGUGGUGACCUCCCAAGCUGUUCACGUCUAUUGCUUGAGCAAGCUUGCAUGUCUGCGGGUCAUUGAGACGGAGAAUAACCCCGGGGGGUGUUGUGCGCUAACUUGCUGCCACGAACCCAACCUCCUUGCGCUUCCCUCCUCGUCAAGAACGGGCACCGUCCGUAUCUACGACCUGACCCAGGAGGGCCAGGGUAAUGUGCUGAGCGAGGUUCAGGCCCAUCAGUCGCCCGUGGUCGCCGCCUUCAAGGACACCUUUUGGUCAGUUCUACGUCUGACGGUGCUUGCCUGGAGCUCCGACGGCGGCCUCCUCGCCACCGCCACCGCCAAGGGGACCCUCAUUCGGGUCCACCGCAUGCCGCGGGCAGCUCGCAGCCACAGCUUCCGACGCGGCGCCACGUCAGCCACCAUUCAGUCGCUGGCAUUUGGACCCGUGGGUCUGCCCGUACAGCUGCUGGUGGCGGCUAGCAGCCACGGCACGGUGCAUGUGUUUCGAUUGGAGGAUCCGGAGCCCUGCGGCGGCGGACUGCUUCCCAGGCCCGGCGGCUCAGUCGCAGGCGGGUUACUUUCCGCCGUUGUGAAGUACUCCUCGCAGAUGGUGGGGGACCUGGUGGAGCCUGCUCGCAAUAUCGCCACCAUCCGCCUGCCGCGGUCAGUGGGUAUCGCUAUCUGCGCCUUCAGGAGUCAGCCAGGCAACUGCUACUGCUACAGCGCAUCGCCGGAGCUGGCAACAGCCGCAGUAGCAACUACAGCUACAGCCACAAGCCCGGCGGAAGCGAUCCACCCAAACUCCAGGGUAACUGUUGCGGGCCCGCCGGGGCCGCCGGGGUGCGACCCGGGAUCAGCCGCCGCCGGAGCUGCUGUCGUACAGGCGGAGCUCGGAUCAGGAGAUCGUGGUGAAGCAAAAUCUGCCUGCGGGGGACGUAGCGCCUGGGGGGGUACGACAGGGGGUAGCGGCGGCGGCUGGGGCGGUGUUCGCUGCGGGACGGCGGGUGGGGGUGAUGCGGGUGCGGGUGUGUGUGGCGGCGGCAGGUGGCAGGAGGGCUUGCUGUACGAGUACACGCUGACGGACCUGCUGAGUCAGCAGGGCCCGAAGUGCAACCUGGACGGGGAGUGGUCUAUGGUGAUCGAAGUGUCGUACGUUGGCUGGUACGAGGGCUCUGUACGACCCCAGGACGUUUGCACCCUUCCGACGUGGGUUGGGAGAAUGCCGGUGGGGGGCGUGUUGUGGCCGUCGGGCAGCGCUGUGCGGGUUAAGGCGACACAGCAAGGCCACCAGCUGCAGCAGAGGACCGGCUCUGUUCAGUCACCGAUCCCCAGCCUCAGCUAUACCUCCUUCCGGGAGAAGCUCGCUGCCAUGUGCAGCGCCGUGGGCAUCAAGCGCGGCAUCAUGCCACACUCCAUGCGCAUCGGGGGAAACAGCGCGGCAGCAGCCAGAGGGGUAUCUGAAGAAGCCCGCAAGGCCCACGGUCGCUGGAAGACGGACGCAAUGGUGCAGCUAUAUACCCGGAUGGAAGACGAUGCCGCACUGGAAACCACGCGCAACCUGGGCCUCGCCUGAGUCAGAGGGCCCCUCCUGCUAUCUUUUCUGUCUGCAGUAGUGUAAGGCCCUUGGCAGCCCCGGUUUCGCCUCGCCCUGUCCUAUCCGGCACCCCGAACGCAACCGUACAGCAAGCCAUGAAGGCUAUAGGACAUAA